AUGUUUAUCGAAUGGCGAGUUUCACCUGAGUGGUUUCAAGUACACUUCUCGAACGUGUUGCAUCUGGACCUGAAAGCCAUCCCUACUGUGGCCUGCCCGGCCAAUGCACCUCGAGGGGCUGAAGCCGACUUGGAGGAGACAAAUAGCUGGCUCUUGGACUACCUGAUCCAUGGGCAGAGACGAUAUUUGUGGGAGGACAACGGCCUCAAUGCCACGAAAGCCUACAAGCUCAUCGAUGAUUUCAUUCAGAUGCUCAAAAAGGCCGAAAGGGCUUUGCAGGCCUUUGCGCCCAAAGAGGACUUGGUGUUGAACACGAUGAGCAAGUUGGCCCUGGAGUUAGCGGACAGGCAAAAGAGAGUUCAGAAGCAAUAA